AUGUCACCUUCAAUGGUGAGUUUUGAGUUGACUAAACAGACCGAUAAGGAACCGGCAGAAUUGUCCACAGAAGUUGCACAUGAGGAGGACUACAUCAACACAAUACCGCCACCGCUACUGCCGCCGCAGGCCAGCGAACCAGCCCUUUACACCGCCACGAUAUUGACGCCCCCCACCGCCAGAGACCACCACCGCCGCCGUCACUGCCGCGCCGCCGACAACCAACAGCAGCGCACCACCACCGCCACCAUCACUGCCUGCCGCCACCACCGCCUUACCAGACGCUACCGCCGCCAUCGCUGCCACCUGCCGCGCCAGCACCAGCGCCCAUCGCCACCACCAGCCGCCACCCCCGCCACCAGCCCGCUCUCCAGCACUAACACCUGCCGCCGCCACUUCCUGCCGCCAGCACCGCCCCCACCACCGCCGCCGCCAACCCGCCAGCCACCCCCACCGCCUGCGCCGCCACGCGCCCAUGCCAGCGCCUGCCGCCUGCCCCUGCACCACGCAGACACUGCCUUCCACUGCUUUCCAGCCGCCCCACCACCACCGCCGCCCACGCACCGCCAGCGCCGCCACCCCCCACCACCACCAGCGCCACCCACACGCCACCACCAGCGCCUGUUUGCCCCCACCACCACCACCAUCACUUCUUCGCCUCCGCCGCCGCCAGCUGCUGACAUCGCCGCCGCGAUAUACUUCCGCCGACGCUAUGACGCCACUUCGCCACCGCUGCCAUUUACCGCCGCCGCCGACCAUACUUUACCGCCAUGA